AUAUUGAGCAGGACGUCGUUGCUCUCACUUGACUUUCCUCACUCGUUCGGGAGGACACGCAAAAAAGCGUUUGCACUCUCCAAGAGCAAGGUGUCUAUACAGACAGGAGCGUGUGGACACGGGAAAGGACAGCAGGUGCUCAUUGGGAACUCCAUCCAUUUCCACCAUUUUCUCCAACUUGAGACACGAGACAAACAUUAGCAUGAUGUCGUAUCUAAAGCAACCACCUUACACAGUCAAUGGCCUCAGCUUAACCACUUCCGGAAUGGACCUUUUACAUCCGUCCGUGGGCUAUCCAGCGACGCCAAGGAAGCAGAGAAGAGAGCGGACUACUUUUACGCGCGCGCAGCUCGACGUCUUGGAGGCGUUGUUCGCUAAAACGAGGUAUCCGGACAUAUUCAUGCGCGAAGAAGUGGCUCUCAAAAUCAAUCUACCCGAGUCGCGUGUCCAGGUGUGGUUCAAGAACCGGCGGGCCAAGUGUCGUCAGCAACAACAGCAGCAGCAGAACGGGGGUCAGAACAAGGCGCGACCCGCCAAGAAGAAAAGCUCCCCCAGCCGAGAAGUGAGCUCCGAGAGCGGUGCCAGCGGCCAGUUCACUCCCCCCAGCAGCACCGCCACAGCCGUCCCGGCCAUCUCCAGCAGCACGGCGCCGGCCUCCAUCUGGAGCCCGGCCUCCAUCUCCCCGCUUUCGGACCCGCUGUCUACCUCGUCGUCGUGCAUGCAGAGGUCAUACCCAAUGACCUACACGCAGGCCUCAGGCUACGGCCAGGGCUACGCCGGCUCUACGUCUUACUUCGGCGGCAUGGACUGCGGCUCUUACCUCACCCCCAUGCACCAUCAGCUGUCUGGCCCGGGCUCGACCCUGAGUCCGAUGAGCACGAACGCGGUGGCGGGACACCUCAACCAGUCCCCGGCGUCGCUCUCCGCGCAGGGCUACGGCACGUCCGGCCUGGGCUUCAAUUCCACGGCGGACUGCCUGGAUUAUAAGGACCAAGCGGCGUCGUGGAAGCUGAACUUCAAUGCCGAUUGCUUGGAUUAUAAGGAUCAGACCUCCUCGUGGAAAUUCCAGGUCCUGUGAACACUUCCACUGCGCGGGACCACGAUGAAAACAAACAAAAGACUCCUCUGCUUGGGGCUCAAACGUUUUUGGCAUCACCCUCUCUUAGAGGAGAGGUCUAAUUUAUUUUAGCACUGGCAAAGAGAUUUUCUUUACUUUUUCCACUCACCUGUAGCCCCCCCAUCCAUGUCUGUCAGUGCGCCCGCCACUCGUGCACCUGUUGAGGACAAGCUCAGCACAUUUACACUCGCAAGGCCACGGAACGAGAACCCUGAACUUUGAACCUCCUUUAAUUAAGCUUCUUUGUUCCGCAACGAUACUGCGUGGACAUGGAUGCACUACUUUAUUUAAGAAAAAAAGUGUUUAUAAAGAAUCAAUAUGUAGUUUCUAAGAGACAAUCAGUGUGUGUCUUAUAUAAAUGGUACAUGUGUUUUUUUAUUAUUAUUAUUAUUAUUAUUAUUAUUUUUAUCUGUGCUAGCCUUCGAAACUGUGAUCUGUUGUAUUGUAUGCAAAUUGUGAGCCCCUCCUCGCAACACACACUCUUCGAACCUGUUUAUUUUUCUGGAGGGGGGAGAGCAAACGCUAAUGAUUAAAUGAGACUUUCCAAGUGGUAGUAAUAAUAUGAAGGGUUAGACGCGCACAUACACACUCACGCACUCACACACGCACAAAGGCUCCUGUCCACUGGAUCUCGACAUGAUUGUGGGUCCGGUACUGGCUCCAAAGACGCUUUGGCCUCCCCGCUGAAAAUACACAAAAAGAAGAAUAAAAGGCAGAAGGUCCCGUGAGCUUUCACUCAGAC